AUGGCUUCUGCUGUCAACGAUCCUGAAUUUGACCCAUUAGCCACUUUGAAGAAAAAUAAUCCAAUAAUUGUUGAAACUGACGAUCUUUAUGCUCGAGUAGUCAAAAAUAAACGAAACCCUGAUGAUUUAUUCUUACCGAUGGAAGCGGGCAUAUUAAAAACAGAAGUACAGAAGAUAAAUCAAGAGGAGACUAAUCCAAAACCACCGGUGUAUAAUAGAUUAGAUUUUACACCAAGAUUAAUUAAUGCACCAGUUCGAACAAAUCCAUUCGAUAGCGAUAUUCAAAAAUCAACGACAAUAAUACCACCAUCAAAAGAAUUUUCAACUGCAUCUCAAUUGCACGAAGGAUUAACUCAAUCAGUACUGGGAGAAGGUGGAAAAUAUGAUGAAAAUUAUCCAAAAGAUGAACACGAAGAGUGGAAUGAUAUUCCAUUUGAAGAACAAUACCCGGAAGAUUAUUAUUAUCCCUACGAAAGUGAUUACCCACCUCCUCCGUACAUGAUACAAAACAAGAAGAAAAAAGGCAUUGGUGCAAAACUCGAUCGUAUGAUUCAACGAUUUCCUAUAUUAAGCGCUUUUUACAAACCACCGCCACCCGAAAUUGCUUAUAAUGGUGGUAACGAUAAUUACGAGUAUUCAUCAACUGCCGCUGUUUCUUCUGUUUAUGUACCAACAGAAUACGGUGAGGAUGAGCAGACAAGAGAGUUGACAAAUGAUGAAGUGAUUUUAAUUGAACGCUAUUCAAAUAAAUCACUUAGAAAAGUGAUUGAAUUGCAACUUAAAUCAGAAACACAACCCAUCGAUGUUUGUGUUCAGAAAGAACUAAAUUACGUGUAUGUUUGUGAUGCUGGCCGAAAUAUUGUUCAAGUCUAUGAUUUAAAUGGAAUAUUAAAUCAUGUUAUUGACGAUCCAAAUAUGAAAACAUUUCGUCCUACAUCCAUAGCUGUUGGUCAAGAUGGUACAGUUAUUGUUGCAAGUCAUUUUGUUCAUCGUUUACAAAUGUACUCACCCUGUCAAGCAUCAGAGUGGAAAACAAAUGAUACGAGUAAUACAGAAGGAUUCUAUUAUAACCAGUUUAAACUAGGCCAACAAGGCCAUGAUCCACAUCAAUUUUAUUAUCCGGCUGGUAUUCGUUGCGAUGAUAUCGAUAGUUUGCUGUAUGUAUGUGAUCGUGGAAACUCACGGAUACAAAUCAUCACUCCUGAUGGUUAUUGUGAACGAAUAAUCCAGCUGGUGUCAGUCGACGGUCAGCUAUUGGCACCGAUUCAGUUAGCGUUUCUUCACCAAGAUAAUUCAGAAACAGUUGUUUGUAUUGUAGGAGAUGCUAAUUGCAUUUGUUUUGUGCCAAAAUAUUCGAAUGGUAUUGUGACGGUUGAGCCAUUGUAUAUUGUUGAUCAAGAGGGCAUAGCAUUGAAAGGUGCAUCCGGUUUAUGUGUCGAUCAAAAUGAUUAUAUUUUCAUAUCGGACACAGGCAACGAUCGUAUCGUUAUAUGCUCGCCGGUAGGCAGUUACAUAACACAAUUUGGCGGUUUCGGUACACAAUUAGGUCAACUUAAUCAUCCGUAUGGCAUUUGUUUAACAGAUGAUGGUACUCUAGUAGUGGCUGAUAAUGGAAACAGACGAGUACAUCUGUUUGGUUUACUAAAUACUGUUGAUCACACGUCAGGCACCCCGCUACCAGUUUCUUCAGCAGAAAAAGAAAACCUAUUGAUUGAUGCAGAACCACAAAGAUUAUGA